AUGUCACACAUUGCCACGGCACCGCAUGGUGGUCGAGUUGUGGUUGGCACUCUUCCUCGUUCGCAUGCUUCGAGUCCAUUCUACGAGCACGGAGACAACAUUUAUAACCAAGGUCACGACGAGCGGUACGAGACACACAUGGCGCCGUACGACGGGAGGUAUUGCGAUGGACCGGUUCAACAUGGCGCUCGAGACACAGGCUCAACGAAGCACAACAAAGACCACCCACAUCUAGUCGGCGUGUGGCAGGUCUCGCCAGAGGGACAGAGACACACACCGGUGGUGGACCGAGUCCGCCCCAACUACAAGCCGUCGGCAUUGCGUUGGCCCUUCUUGACCUCUCUCCUAGCCAUCCUGCUGGCGUUGGUAGCCCUGCUUGGGUAUGCUCUGCACGCACUACCCGUCCUGGAUGUCGAGAUGGACGUGUUGUCAGGAGGCCUUGAUGCGAGAGCGUUCAAGAGGCAGGCUUCUGCGUCUGAGUUUCUACCGAGCACCGUCACUGAUGACGCUGGGGCUACGUCGACACGACCCCAAAGCGACUUUGGUGAUGUUGGUACGGUGACCGUCAGCGAGUCGGUCACGGUCACGCCCAUCAUCGCGUCCACCAAGCCCACCGAAGACUUCGGCAAAGUCGGAUCGGUCACGGUCACAGCCAGUAUUGCGUCCUCCAAGGCUAGCGGUGACUACGGUGAUGUCGGGACAGUAUCAGUCACGCAACCGACUGUGUCCGGUGCACCACCUUCAGAUCAUGGCAUGGUCGGCACUGUGGGAGUCACGGCAACUCUCACCCAGCAGCUGGCUCCUACAUUUGUCACGCCCCAAGCGACUGUCUUGACGGACGCCCAAGGCAUCCCGACCGCCACGUCGACAAGCACUCCAGCUCCCGUCUCAACGCUUCAGUCCACGACGCUUACCAACUCGCUCGGCCAGCCAACAGCUUCGCAAGUGACGAUCGCGCUGGUGACACCUUCGGUCACAGUGGCGACCAACGCUCAGGGGAUGCCGACAGCAACCAUCACAAGCUACCCCGUCAUCCCCACCGACGAGAACGUGGUGGUGACGACGACCUACAUCAGCUACGGGCAGUACUUCCUCGGCGCCUUCUUCCCCACGCUCGUCGCGAUCCUCCUGGCGAUUCCCAUCCGCAUUCUCAACCUCAACGCCAAGAUCUUCCAGCCGUGGCAUGAGCUGACGCACGCGCAGGGCGUCACGGGCCGCGAGUCGCUGUGCCUCCAGACGGGCGGCUGGCGGUCGGUGGUCACCAGCGUGCGAUCGCUCUUCGGCGGGCAGGCCCUCGUCUUCCUCACGACCGUUCUUACGCUGGCGUCUUCACUACUAAUACCCCUAUCUGCCGAGGCUGUGGCCCUCAGCCUGCAUGGCAGCUGCACGAAGGGAGGCGGCACGGCUAAGAACUGCGCUUACGAGCUCAGCGUAUUCAGCCAGGCGGCCAAGUCUACGCUAGCGCUGCUGGCUAUGAUGGGCUUCUUGGUCCUUCUCAUCGUUGCUCUCCUGCUCAGGUGGCAGUCUGGUGUCAGCACCAACCCCUGGAGCAUAUGCGGCGUGGCCUCUCUGUCGCUGAACCGGGACGUUCGAGACUUGUUCACGGGACUGCCGGCCGGCAUCGACGCCGGGAAGAUGCCCGAAGGCCUGCUCGACUCUGUUAUCGGGGAUCGGAUCUUCCAGCUGGGGUAUUUCUACAAUGCGAACGAAGUGUUGGAGUAUGGGAUUAUGCUCCACGAUGGCUUCGCGGCCAAUCAUCCACUGUACCAGGGCAGAGGCGUCAGUCAAGACCAGGUCACGGAGGAACACCCGGCUAGCAGAGCGGCCGAGACGAAGCACCAUUUGCCGUUCCUUAUGCUGGGAUUUCUCGGACGGAUAUUGUUCUUAUCGGUGCUCGGCGGCCUGCUCGCGCUGGUCCUUUACUAUAACAACACGGGCGGCGACACGCCUUUCGAGAGAUUCAUGGCCAGCGAGUCCUUCGGAGUCAGGUUCCUCUUCACGGGCGUCGGUGUGGUCAUCAGCUUCUUCUGGGCAUCCUUCUUCAACAGUAUUGCCAUCAUGAGUCCGUACCAGCAGCUCGCCCAGUCACCCCAGCAGGCGCGGCGAUCAAUCCUCGUCGCUCCACCUACCAACGCCUUCUCGGGACUCUGGUCGUCGAUCCGCCGGCGGCACGGUUUCCUCGCCGUCGUGGCGCUGACCUCGAUCCUCUCGGAAUUCCUCACCAUCUUCCUCGGCAACAUCCCCUUCCGCGUGACGCAGACGUUCCUGGUCCACAACAUAUGCACGUGGACUGCGGUGGGCAUUAUCUGCAUAAUGGUGCUCGUCGUGCUGUGCUCUUUCUUCCUCAAGUGGCCGCACAUGCCUGUAGAUCCGAGCACGGUGGCCGGGGCUAUGUACUACGUCUGUGACUCGUGGAUGUUGAGCCACUUUGAGGGACUGAGCACCUUGGAUAAGAAGGAGAGGGAUUGGAAGGUCAACGGAAUGGGACUGAGGUAUGAAUUUGGUGAGAUGGAUGGUGUUUCGGGUACUAGGCGGGUGGGUAUCGAUGCUUCUGAGGGCGGAAUCUGGGACCCUUAA